UGGCAGGUGAGGUUAAUCAUCCAACUGACCCGAGUAAUAAACAUUCAACACAGCCAAAAACUACUUGAUAAUCAGCAGAGUGCACCGGAAAUGAGGAACGUUUGUCUGAGUGGUGAGAAACUGAAAGAAAUGUCACCGAACCCUCCGGUUUCCCUCGGCUCUCUGGACCGUUCUUCUUUUACCUCCUCCAGAUGAUUAUUCUGCUGCUCAAGUAGUUUGUUUUGUCUCAGCACUGUCUUCAGUUUCAGCCAACAGCUGCGAACAUUUAACAGCUAAAGACACAGAUGUGAUUCCCUCAGGAGAUGGUGGAGACCAAAGACAGAGCAAAAAGGGACGAUCAUGGGCCCACACGGCAUCAACCGAGCUGUACAGAGGCUGGAGUUCAGCGACUGCAAGAAGGGACUCGGUGUGAAAAUCAUCGGAGGUUACCGAGAGUUCACAGGAGAAGAGUUUGGUAUCUACAUCAAGAGGGUGGUCGGCGGGGGACUGGCAGCUCAGGACGGUCGGCUUAAGUCAGGUGACCUCAUUUUGGAUGUCAAUAACAUCAGUCUGAUAGGAGUGACCAAUGAGAGGGCGGUGGAGAUCUUGAGGACGGCCUCGCUGUCCAAUCACAUGGCCCUGCUGAUCGCCAGAGACGAUGAAUCCAGGAGGGAGUUUGCUGAGCUGAUGGAAAAGUACGGCUCCAAUAAUAUCACCGCUUCAGGACGAAUCUCCCCCCCUCAGCUCUCCACAGGGAAGCUGACAGACACGGCCUCCUCCUCGUCCUCUUCCAGAUCAGAGAGUCCUCAGCUCCUCAGUCCUAAAGAGGGGGUCACCACCUACACCCACGCCCCCCCUUACACUGCCAACCCCACCUACACCGUGCACACGUCCACGCACGCCUUCAGUGACAGUGUCAUUCAGUUGAUCUGCGUUGCCAAGGGAACAGGCCUGGGGCUCGUCAUCAAGGGCGGAGCUAACCGUGCAGAGGGACCAAUGGUGUUCAUUCAGGAAAUAGUGCCUGGAGGAGACUGCCAGAAGGACGGCAGGCUGCAGGUCGGGGACCAGCUGGUGUCCAUCAACAAAGAGUCCCUGAUCGGAGUGACGUAUGAGGAGGCCAGGAGCAUCCUGACACGCACCAAACUCAGACCGGACCCCACUGUGGAAAUUGCCUUCAUCAGGCGGAGGUCCUCCUCCAGCUCCAGCAGCGGGCCUCACAGCCCAAUCUCCCUCCAGGGCUCCGGCGGAGGAGGCGGACCCAGCGCCAGGCCCCCAGGUCUGGGCGUCACGCCUCCACAACCCGCCGUGGUUACGAAGAUCACCUCCAGCCGAAACCCCGCGUGCGAGACUCUGCCAGCAGUUAACGUCAGCCAGGUGCGAGUGUCUCCAGCCAGAACAGAGCAGAGUGUCCCCUCCCCUCCGGAGGCCAACAGCAUCUCCGAUACCAGCGCUGAACCUGCCAGCAGUCAGCCUCAUCAGAGGAAACGUUCCCUCAGCACCAGCUGUCGCCUCAAACUGGAGCGGGUGGAGCAGGCUCUGGAUCUGCUCGGUCUGAAGCCCACAGAGGCUCAGCAGCAGGCGAUCAGGUCCAGACUACGAGCUGAUCCUGAGGGGACGGUGGCCGUCACAGAUUUCGAGAGCCUGAUCAGGGAGCUGUUCAAGCCUCAGCUGGAGGAGUUGGCCGUCACCCAGCCGGGGUCGAGGUUCACGUCUGAUGAUCUGUGCAGUUUGUUGGAGUCACCCACAAACCAACAGCCGUCACUGUCGGACUCAGACGACCUGGAGGAGAUGGAGCGGCUGAGGAAGGAGCAUAUCGAGGCUCUGCGGGAGAUCAAGAGGCUGCAGGAGCAGCUGGUGGAGUCUCAGAGAGUUCACCAUCAGAUGGAGGAGGAGCUCAGCAAAGUGAAACAGGAGGUCAAGCUCGGAGCGGAGGAGAGUCGGGCUCUGAGGACUCGGAUCCAGCUGGCCGAGGCGGCUCAGAAGCAGGCGAGGGGGAUGGAGAUGGACUACGAGGAGGUGAUCCACCUGCUGGAGGCCGAGAUCGCCGAGCUGAAGACUCAGAGAGUGGAUCAACCGCCGUCCACCAAUAAGGAGGAGACGGACGAACUGAAGAAGAAAGUCGCCGUCCUCGAGUGUCAACUACGGAAGAGCGAAACGGCCAAAAAGGGCUUUGAGAUGUCGACCGGAAAACUGCUGAGCUUUGUGGAGAACGUCCAGGAGUUCCUGCUGGAGAGUCACGGACCCACCAAGAGCUACAGCUCUGGAGACGUUAAAGUCGGAGCGUCGUCUCAAGGUCUCCCUCCUCGCUACAAAAAGAGUCCCUGGACUUCAGCCACGCUCGCCCAGGAGGCGAAGGAGCUCACAAGGACUGUCAGAGCCAUCCUGGAGGUCGACUUGCUGACCUUCUAGAAGACCCGACUGUAGGAGAACAAAGUCAGCAUGGCUCUGAGACGUCAGCAGGAAAUCAACAAGCCAACCUGUGAACCUGAACUCUUCCCUGACAGCUCCUCGCCUCCUCAGUACCUGCUAGCAACGGACUCACGUCUGAACUCUGCAUGAAACACUGUUCUGUUUCUGUCAAGCAGCACAUGUAUCAGUGCACAUAUUCUGAAUAGUCAGUACAAACUGAACAGUGGCUUUAUUCCAGUGUUUUAACCUGAACCAUGUGGAAAAGAACGCUUACGUGCAGACGGUGUGCAACUACACAUGUACGAUUUAAUCAUAGCACUUAAAAACGGAAUGGACGCUUCAGUUCAUGGUCCAGGUUAAUACAGAUGGAGACCAGUGUAAGGUUGUUGGACGACACCAACGUUUAAGGUUUGCCUGUUGGUCACCUUAUUAUUUUUGGGUGAUAGUAAUGGAACCAAAACUGUCGGCUUUACUGUAUGUUGAGACGUUUCUGACCUUUUAUCCCCACACACCCUCCUGAUUUUCCCGUCUUCUGGGGUCAUAGAUCUCCGGUUCUCCAGAUUUAAAUUUAAUAGUUUACGCCAGUGAAUUAAUUAUUUAUUCCUCAUUCUUUCCUGAGAAUAAGUCAAAUUUAAAGUAAUGAAAGAUGAAAUACACUGGAGUCAAACCUGCUGAAAAUCAACUCAAACUUUGUUCUGUAUGUUGCUGAGUUGUGUUCUUAAAUUAUCCCAAAUGUUUUCAACGAUGGUCAAACAGAGAAAGUUUCCUCAAGGUAAAGGUGCGUUUCAUUUAAUCACCUGUUGCUGUAACUUCCGCAGAGUCAGACAGCGAGACCAAACAUUUGUGUCGGAGUCACAAGUCAGAUAAUGCUGCCAGAUUACUUUACUGUACGUUAGCCGUAAGCUAGCAAGCAACGACAUGCACCGAGGGUCAGCCUCUGAGUGAACUCAGCACCCAGCAGAGAUCCUGGUUCUGGUUCUUUUGCCCUCUCCUCUCUGAAACGUGACGUUGACGUUACACAGGAGUGAAGUUCAGAAGUCAUCUCUGAGCUCUCGUCCCGUCAGUAAACAGCUCCGGAUCAGAGCAGAAUCUGAUGGUCCAGACGGUCUGGAUCGGAACCAACGCUCUCCUCUUGAAACAACACUAAAACAUCUUUUGUUGCAGGCUGGCUGGCAUGUUAGCAGCUGGCUCACAAACUAGCUAUUACAUCACAUCAUUACAUCAGGAUUUGUCAGAGAUUGUCAGCCAAGAUAUUUAAAGCUGAAAGGCAUCAAAAUCUCAGCUACAGUGAUCAAUGGGCAAAACUCCCCAAGCGUUGGUGUCGUCCUGUAGGUUUUACCUCACCUCUGUCUCUUCAGCAUCAAUAAAUACCUUCAUUUAACAAGCAAUAUAAAACAAUAUACGACUUAUAUCAUAUGGUUGCCAUUUACUGUAGUGAACGUUCUGUCCCGGAGCUAGAAGACAACUUCCUGUAGCUUCUGUCUGUCUCACUGUUGUUUAACCAAUGUGUAGCUUUGUGUCCGAGUGGCUGAACGCUUGUGUUCGUGAAGUAGAUUAGCCAACAAAACAAAGCCUAGCAGCAUCACCGAACAACACGGGAGGACAACAGCUCGCUCACCUGCCAGCACGAGGUCAGGACGGACGCAGGGAGGCGAUUAACGAGCCGCGACAUUCAUACGGAAAUACAGAGCAGCAAAGACGAUCGGACAGUUCCAGUCUGAUGGGACGCUUUAGACGCUUUUAUCAUGUUUGGAGUUAUUUGCUGUUUGUCCUUUAUCUUUUUCUGAGUAAAUAUUCUGAAACAAACUC